AUGGAUUUCAGCGACAGCGAGAGCGAGGCCCAGCACGAGACGAUGGACCUUGAUCUACCAUCCAGCAAGAUCGACAAUGUAGUGCAUGGUCUGGUUAUGCUAGAUGUACCGUCAUGGUACAUGAACCCUACAUUUAAAAUCCUCUUCCAAGCCAGGGCAGACUAUGACAGCGUUGCCGGCGCCUCGCCGUUGACAAUGGCACCGGGGCUGGACGAUGCGCUCGCAGCCGACUCACCACCUAAUAUGGCAUUCUUCCGGUCCCUUCCGGGAGACACGGAGGGACUAUACUGGGGAAUUUAUGCUCUCGUUAUGGAGAAAGAGGGAUGUCGACCCUGCCUCUACAUUGGGUCUGCCGGCACAAAGGCCCUUUCCUUAACACAGCAAAGGGAAACGUGCCAUCCACCUUCUCAAGCUUCGGGGUGUACACUGCGUUCCAGUCCUUUAAGGACGCAGGCAUCAAACCUAUUUCUCUUUUUGAACAAUACCGAACUUAUCACGCCCCUCCCUCGCCUGGUCGAGUCCCGCUUCAAGAAAGGAUUCGAAAUCGCCCAUGUUGGCUUGCUGUGCUGGACGCCGCUUCCAGUCCCAGGUCUCGUGCCUCGUGUACGAGCUCGAUUCCUGGUCCUGGAGGCGGCGUUCACCAUCCUUUUUCACGCAGCAGUUGCUGCAAUUACCGAUUAUGUAUCUCCGAGACUUGAUACUGUGGCCGCGGGAAGCAGUGGAAUGGAGCCCCCUGUGCUCCCAUCUCUCCUUGAAAGAAGCUAUCCGAGGGAAUCUGGAUGUUUCUCCACCCCUCGGCAAUGCGUCGUGGUACUCAGCCCUAACCCCUACGAGGAACUCGAAGUCAUUGCCGCUCUUCGUGCCGCACGAUCGGCGGAGCGCGCCCUGGAAGCAUCUCGUCGCUUCCGGGCCAGAAAGACCGCAGAGGACCCCGAGGGGUACCUGGCAAAAUGUUCUGCCCGGAAGCAAGCCUGGUCGGAGAAAAAUAGGGACAGAGUCAAUUCCACCGCGUCCAGAGUCAGAGCAGCAAGGAAAUCGGAGAAGAAAUUCUCCUGCGAUGAUUGCGAUGUGGUUUUACAAUCCGCCCAUGCUCUGGAAAAACAUCUCGAGACUCAAAAUCAUCGAGAUUGUGUGGCUGGCAUCACCAAAAGUGCUCCCUCCAAGAGUGCAGUCUCUGUGGCCAUAAUCCGAGCCAAUGCAAAGGCCAGCGGGACGCACAGUGACAGUGACAGCGACAGCGACAGUCACAGUGACAGUGACAGCGACAGUGACAGCGACAGUGACAUGUGCGAGAGACCACAAUCCUUCUUGGAGGGGGGCAUAGCCCAAAAGACUGCAGUAAGGACGGCCUCUAGUGCGAUGAAAAGAGUGCGGACCUUGGGCGUAUCUGCUGGAGAUGGUAUAUGA